UGCAUUUCGUGCAGCAUGAGUGAAAAGUUAACCGUGGAGUGCAUUUCUUGUGUACACGGAUAUUGGGGAGAAAACUGUUCGAAAGAAUGUCAAGGAAACAGUUGUGAAAUAUGUGAUGCAAAAACAGGAAAAUGUGAAGCAUGUUUUACUGGUUUGUGGGGUGAAAACUGUAAUAACUCGUGCGGCCAUUGCUAUUCAGGAAAAUGUUCAAUUACGGAUGGACGAUGCGAUAAAUGCGCUGAUGGCUAUAUCGGAAAGAAUUGCACGGUCAAAUGCGCUUUAACGAAUUGUUCUUCCGUGAGUUGCUUCUCAGACAAAAUGACUUGUGGAAGCUGUAACAGCGGAUAUUGGGGCGAAUUCUGUGAUAGAAAAUGCACAACUUCUUGUCCUACUACAUGCAACAAGGUCACCGGGGAAUGUGAAAGAUGUGCACAUGGAACUUAUGGUUCUUACUGCGAGCAUACAUGUAACAAAUCUUGUUCCGGUAACUGUAAUAGAAGGUCUGGAGAAUGUUAUGGCUGUUUGCCAGAGUACUGGGGUACGUUUUGCGAAAGGUAUUGCAACGAAUCAUGCAUAGGAGGCUGUGAUAGACGUUCAGGAGUAUGUAGCAGAUGUCUUUUAGGCUAUUGGGGCUCAUAUUGCACAAACGUGUGUAGCCAGACGUGUAUGCUGAAAACGUGUGAUAAAAACACGGGUAAAUGCGGAAGCUGUGCCCAUGGGACAUGGGGAGAAACGUGUGAUGAAACAUGCAACCUACAGUGUUUUGGAAAUUGUAACAGAGACACGGGCGUGUGUCCGUCAUGUAAUGCUGGAUACUGGGGACAAUUUUGUCAAUAUGAAUGUGCGUCUGGCUGUAAUGGUAAUUGCGACAAGACCCUUGGAUAUUGCAAGUCAUGUGAACCCGGAUUUUGGGGAAAUCACUGCCAAAAUCAAUGUAACUGCGAUUGUGAUAGAGACACUGGUCAAUGCGAAUCUUGCAAGACAGGGUAUUGGGGAAUAUCAUGUCAGUACAGAUGUCAUGAGAACUGUAAAUCUGAUUGUUACCAAACGUUAGGUGAAUGUGUUGGAUGCAAACCUGGAACCUGGGGAAAAAACUGUACCAGUCUUUGCUCUGUUAAUUGCCUAGGUGAAUGUGACGAGCGUACCGGUGAGUGUACAUCAUGUCACAAUAAACAUUGGGGACCAACAUGUGAAAAUAACUGUGAAAGGAACUGUGAAGUUUGUAAUCAACGCACAGGUUUAUGUGAAACAUGCGUAACAGCUAAGUGGGGCAAUCACUGUGAAAGCAAAUGUCCCAACAAAUGUGAAAAACAAUGCAAUAUUACAAACGGAAAGUGUCUAAAAUGUCUACCUGGUUAUUGGGGCGAUAUGUGUCAGUUUCAAUGUGGACACGAAAACUGCGAUACGUGUAAUAAAAACAGUGGUGAAUGUGUAUCUUGCCUGAGUGGUAAAUGGGGAGAAAAUUGCGAUCUGGACUGCCCAAAACGUUGUCUGAAUGGAUGUGAAAGAAACAAUGGCACGUGUUUGUUAUGCAAAGCAGGGUUCUGGGGGCCUUCUUGCAACAUUGACUGUAGAAUUAAAAACUGUUCAAUAUGUCAUCAGAAUUCAGGACUUUGCAAGACUUGUAAACUUUCACUAUGGGGUGAAAAUUGUGAUAGAAUAUGCAGCCAGAGGUGCAGUACAAGCUGUAACUUCACGACCGGCGAAUGUCAUGGUUGCAAGCUUGGAUACUGGGGACACCUGUGUGAGAAUGAAUGUUCAAACUCCAGCUGCGUAUCAUGUUUGCAACACAACGGCUAUUGCUCUAUCUGUUAUCCUGGUUAUUGGGGAGAAAACUGCGAACGUACAUGCAUCUCAGGUGAUUGCUUGAAGUGUGAUCAAGAGCAGGGAUAUUGCCUAAAAUGUAAAUCUGGACUUUGGGGAUUGUCUUGUGAAAAGAAAUGCACUGCGGGGUGCUUGUACUGUGAAGUGUUCAGCGGUACUUGCGAGAAUGGCCCUAUUGUUACAAACGGUAAGUAAUUUUGUAAAAAGUAGUUUUUAGUGUCAUUUUCGUUUAUUUUGUUCUUG